AUGUCGUUCUCCCUGCCAUAUUUGAUUGCCCCGGUGGUGUAUGAAUUUGUCUGGAACCUUGACGAUACUUCCAAAGAAACGUCAACAUAUACCACCACCUAUUUCAACGCGCCCGGACCCCACACAGCCUAUGCACUUGUCGUCAAUACCGCUCUACCUUCGCCUUCGCAGAUCGAAACCAUCGGUAUACCAUAUACGAUUGCUCCCGGAGGUGUCUCGACACAACACGUCUCAGCAACAGUUGCCACACAUAGACCUACAACACCUGUCCUACAGGUCAAUCACGCUCUUGUCACACCAGCGACAGACUCAUCUGUUCAGACAUCUACGCUGCCCAAGGUACCUUGUCACAAGUUUGUCCCUGGCAGCGUGCUCUCGUUGCACGAGUCAUAUUCUACAUACCUCCAGAUCAUCCUUGUGUGUCUGGUCUGUGGUGGCUAUCUCUGGGUCCGCUACCUAAGACAUCUUCGCAGGAAGCGCGAAACGUUUGAAGAAGGUCGAGGCAUUUUUUUGAGUCAGAAGAAGUCGGCGAUCUAUGAACUUGCUUGA